AUGGAACCCUUGUAUGCUUUGUCAUUAACAGCAGGAAUUCUGAUUGCUUUUUUAUUACUGGUUUUAAUUGCAACAUAUCAUGAUUCCUUCAAGGCAGAGAUUCUUCCUGAUGCUGACCAGCCAGCAAAGCUCCGUGUGUAUCAAUUCAUAUACACCCUGGUGCAGAUUCUGGCAAAGAGCUUAGAAAUUUUGGGUAUCUCUGAGGAGCACCAACUCCUGAGGCUGCUUUCUGAGGGACUGCCAGCAUGCAGGGAUUCAAAGCUCUUCAUAAAGGAUCUGCAUUUUGAUGAGGUGCCAGUGAGGAUUUACCUCCCAAGAGCAGCAUCUGCAAGCAAACGGAGAGGAGUCAUCUUCUUCCAUGGAGGAUGUGGGAUUUUUGGAAGCAUCAGAAGUUACGAGCGAUUCUGCCGGCACCUCGCCAGAGAGUCGGGUUCAGUGGCUGUGUCUGUUGGGUACCGUUUAUCUCCUGAGCACAGGUACCCAGCCCAGACUCUGGACUGUCUCACGGCUACUGUACACUUCCUGAAGACUGCAGAAAGCUAUGGAGUGGAUCCUGAUCGGAUUAUUGUUUGUGGGGAUAGUGUAGGGGGCACUUUUACUACUACUGUUUGCCAAGAACUGGUAAAUAGGAGAGAUAUCCCCAAGAUACGUGCCCAGGUACUGAUCUAUCCAUUUCUCCAAGCGCUGAACUUCAAUCUGCCAUCUCACCAGAAGAAUGCUUUCACUGCCUUCUUGUCCCGGGAACGUGAAGUCUAUUUUAUUCUGAAGUACUUGAAUAAGGACUGCUCUAUGAAGGAAGCUGUUUUGGCAGGUUCUCACGUUCCUGAGAGUAUAAAAUUGAAAUACAGGAAAUGGAUAAAUCCCGAUCUUAUCCCAGAGAGAUUUAAACUGGGCUAUGAACCACCAUUACCCACUCCAUUUCUACCUCACGUCCAUGAAGAAACAAAGGAGCUGUUUAGGACAAGAGUUUCCCCGCUGCUGGCAGAAGAUGCUGUUGUCUGCUGCCUACCUGACACCUGCAUAAUCACCUGUGAGCACGAUGUGCUCAGAGAUGAUGGACUGCUGUACAAGAAGCGCCUAGAGGACAACAACGUGAGGGUGGCCUGGCACCACAUGGAGAAAGGCUUCCACUGUGCACUGUCAUUCUUUGGUUAUGGUAUUUUCUCUUUUCCAUCAUCAAGUAAAAUUGCAAACCACGUUGUACAUUUUAUAAAAGCCUAUUAA